AUGGUCAAGCAUGUAUCUAUUGUGUGUUGUGGAUACAGUGCUAUCAUCUCCGCAGAUAAUUCCAUCCUAGAGCUUAAAGGACUUCAUUAUUGCUGUUAUGUUACUAAUGAUAAUAUAUCGAUGAGUGAUUUACCUGCAUUCUCAACUCCGGCCAUCGAGAGGAAUGCGGACCAUACCCUGAGGCGUAUGAUUGCGCCGGCGACCUGGGCUUUGGUCGUGCCGAUGCCGGUGGGAAUAGCAAAUUCUAUCAUCCUAACAGCAUGCCGAGAAAUAGAACGAAAGCUCUGUCUAACGUGGGUGGCACCGUCUCCACCCCCUGUCAGUGGUGAUACUUUUACAAGGACAUUUGGCUCAACUACCAACUCGGUAAUGUAUACUGUCACUGUGUCCUCGGCAGAUGCUACUACUACCGGGACAAAGGCUAGUAGUGGCAGGAGUGAUGUUACUACGAGUAGUUCGGUUGGUACGGCAGGGAGUAUGUAA